AUGGAGGAAUCGAUUGUAUUUCGUCCUUUGUUCCCCAUAGCAACUGGGGAUCAAAAAGCACCAAAAUUUGAUGACUUAUUAAGGGAAAGACGAAGUAAGAGCAUGCUAUUGAAGACGUUGCAAGAUAUGUCGGGGAGGCCUCCGUUGAUUGUGUACGAACAAAAUGCGAGUCCAAAUGCAAGGGGGAGAGCGACAGGACGACUUCAAGGAGAACGUCGAGACGCCAUCAGUUUGGAGCGCGAGGACAGCAGAGCUUGCUGCAGAGGAGAUCUGGUAAAUGUUAUGAAUGUGGAGGAGUGGGGCAUUUUUCUUGUUACUGCCCCAAUGUUCAGACGGACGAAUGCUGCUGGGGGAGUGCAGAAUAGACUAGUUGAAGAUGGAAGAGUGCACGUUGUGGAGCCUAGAGCCCGGGAAGCUCUAAAGGUAAGUGAAAGUCGGAAACAUAGCGGGGGUUCUGAAGCUUAG